CCUAUCCGGCACCCCUAUCCAGUCUUCUCGUCGGCCGCACGCAUCCACCCCACGACCGCCGCCGUCCUUGCGCCCGUCUCGUCCGGUCCGUCCAACCUCGAGGCCACCCGCCGGCGGCCGAGCGUCCAUGACGGAGGAACGCAUUUCCAGGGCCUCCGACGAGCCCACAACCGCGACCAAGCAGAGGAAGAAGAGGAAGUGGGAUCAGCCCGCAGAGGACUUGGUCGCCGCGGCUGCUGCUGCUGCUGCUGCGUCGGGUUUGCCCGUGUUGAACGUCGGAGCUCUGUCCGGCGUUCAAUACCCUGGCACUACUGCAUAUCCUGCGGCCCCAUAUGUUUUGCCACCGCAGCUCGCGCCAUCUGUGCUUCAGAGUGCUGCUGCUGCGAUUCAGAAAUUAACUCAGGUUAAACUACCGGAUGAGCUUAUAGCACGAGAAGUUGUUAUAAAUGACGCUGAUCCAUCUGUGCGAUAUAAGCUCACGAAGCGGCAAACACAGGACGAGAUUCAACAAUGCACAUGCACUGUCAUCAUUACAAGGGGAAAAUACCAUCCUCCUAAUGGACAGCCUGAUGGUGAGAAGCCACUCUAUCUACAUAUCUCUGCAGGAUCUCAGCUAAAAGAUACCGCUGAGCGCAUUAAAGCAGUUGAUCUUGCAGCGUCAAUGAUCGAGGACAUCUUGAAACAUGGCCAAAUGCCAGAAGCCACAUCAGCCAAUUUCCCUUCUAUCCAGAGCAGCAGACAGGCUGUUCCUUUUAGCGCCUCAAUCUUUUUGGGUUUUGACGCAGAUCCAUCAUUGAAUGUUGCAGCUCGCAUCCGUGGACCAAAUGAUCAGUACAUAAAUCACAUUAUGAAUGAAACAGGGGUCACUGUUGUACUAAGAGGAAAAGAUUCAGGGAAUCUUGGCAACUGUCACGCUGAAGCAUCACAGCAACCUCUGCACAUGCACCUAUCAGGUGUGCAUUUGAAGAGCCUAGAAGCUGCAAAGGUUUUAGCAGAAAACCUUCUAGAUACAAUAGCAGCGGAACUUGGUGCUUCCAGAAUUUCUUCUUCAAAAGUAUAUGGUGCUGUUCCACCUCCUCAGCAACUGUUGACUGGUGUGCACACCUCGGGAACAUCUGACAUAUGUGUGUCAACUGGAGCAUCACAUUCCUUUGCCCCUACUGGAGUUACUUCUCCCAUAGCCGCUCCUUCAGUGACACUUCAAUCUGGGGCGCCAACUUAUUCUGGGAUUCUCCCACCCAGUAACCUGAUCUAUCCUAGUCAAGCAGCAAAUCGUGGGGCUUUUUACAAUGGCUAUGGAGACAUCUAUCCCCAGGCAACUCCAUUGCAGCAGGUGGCAUUAACACUCAAGCAUGCUUCAUCUUCGACAACGCAGGUUAUUCCAGUGGCAUCCACAUCAGCAAGCAUGGCAACAAGUGUGAACACCAGUGCAAAGUUGGAGGCAGAUAAACGCUCACAGAGGAGGAAAUUCCAGGAACUGCCAACAGCAGACCUUCAGAACUCACAACAGGGGUCCAAAUUUGUUAAGACAGGUUUAGAUGAUCUAGGUAAAAUGAACAGUUCAUCGGUUGCAGCUACAAUGAAAGUUCAGCCUGGAUCAAGUAGGAUACUUCCACAAGAUCCACAUCCAUCUCAUCCAUCUGUAUACACUAGCAUGCCGCCGCCACCACCACCACCCAAGAACAUGUCACUGCCAUAUCUCAAUAGCAUGCCACCCCCACCGCCCAGGAGCAUGCCUCCGCCACCACCUAAGUUCCCUUCAAAUCAAGUGUUAAGAAAUGAGAACAGGCAUUCAGCUCUAAAGGAGCUGCUGGCGCCUCCGAGAUCAUUGGACGCGAGUUCUGCUGCACCGCCUCCGAAGGAGCCUAAAGAGGAAAAGCCAAGCAGUAUAUCUGUUUCCGACACUCUGCUGAAGCUUAUGGACUAUGGGGAUGAUGAUGAUGAUGAUGAUGACGACGACGACUAGCGUGCCUGGAGGGAAUACAUCUCCCAGUUGAGUGCAGAAACCGUUUUGGUCGGUGCGAGAAUGAUCGUGUAAUGUAACUGUACUGUUGGUAACACUAGUGCUGUGAAUUGGAAAUGCCGGUAGACAGCCUUAGUUUACCUGUCCUGAUGCAUUUUCUCAACGCAACAAGUCGUUGAGCUUGUCAUUUUGUAUCAAUGUUAUCAGGUCAACAGAUACCCCUGAUCUGGAUACACGUGAUUUUCCCAUCUGAAGCAGUACAGUAGCAAUGAGCAUGGUUCCUUGAGUAUUCUCUCAA